CAGCCAUUGUGCGCGCCGCACCACCGUUGGGCAACUUAAACCUCCGUCCAAUCAAUCCUCCAAUCUUCAUCGACUACUCGACACCUCCUCAACCUCAAACAAAUCCAAGUAACCUCGUGACGAACCGCAAAGAAAAAGAAAAACAAUGGCCUCCCAAUCCUCCCCACCACCCUUCCAAACCGCCCUCCUAGCCGGCGCCCUCGCCGGCACCACCGUCGACCUCUCUCUCUUCCCGCUCGACACGCUCAAGACCCGUCUCCAAUCGGCCCAAGGCUUUUUCGCCAGCGGCGGUUUCCGGGGAAUCUACCGCGGCGUCGGCUCCUGCGUUAUCGGUUCCGCUCCGGGAGCUGCCUUUUUCUUUGUUACUUAUGAGACCACCAAGGGGUUUCUUUCUAUGACAGGUUCGACAACAACACAUACGGGGGACACAAAAGGAAAGAAGGGUCUGAGUCCGGGGGUGCAGCACGGAAUCGCGGCGAGUCUGGGCGAGAUCGCCGCUUGUGCGGUCCGCGUGCCGACCGAGGUGAUCAAGCAGCGGGCGCAAGCGGGUCAGCAUGGCGGGUCGAGCUUGAGCAGCUUGCUGCACAUCCUCCACCAGCGCUCGACCAUCGGCCUGACAGGGGUGUGGAGGGAGCUGUACAGGGGGUGGGGCAUCACGGUGAUGAGGGAGGUACCGUUUACGGUGCUGCAGUUCCCGCUGUGGGAGUCGCUCAAGAAAUGGGGACGCGAGCGCCGCCAACGAACCGGCCGGGGCCUGUUUGGGGACUCGGCCACGGGUAGAGAUGACAAAGACGUUAGUGCCCCCGAGAGCGCAUUGUACGGAAGCUUGGCGGGCGGGUUUGCGGCGGCCUUGACGACGCCUUUGGAUGUGCUCAAGACCAGGAUCAUGUUGAGCGAGAGGAGGGAGGGGGUAGUCAGCCUAAUAAAAACAAUUUGGAGGGAUGGGAAGACAAAGACGGGAAGUGGCAUCAGGCCGUUCUUCAGUGGCAUUGGGCCAAGAGUGAUGUGGAUCAGUAUCGGAGGAGCGAUUUUCCUUGGGAGUUAUCAGAGUGUUGUCAAUGCUUUUGAGGGGACGACAAGAAAGAAGAGCAGUGGUGGGGAGUUGUCGCUCUAAGGAAGGGUGUGGUAAUUUGGGUUUGAAGCGUUGCUGAGGAAAAGCGAAAACGGUUGUUGCUGCACGGUCUAGGAGAAAAGAAAAAGGGAUCAGCUCGAUGUCAUUAAUCUUGGGCAUCGAAUAGACAGACGGGAUGAGCGAGAAGAACAGCAUACAUAGACAUAGAGUUCAAGAUACCCCAGUGGGAGUAACAGGAGUCAUGUUACACCCCUAUGUACAACAACUCCUACUGUACUAUAUAAAAAUACCC